GAAGGGUGGGCGGUCAGAAGUAGCCUGGAGUGUCGAGUUUUCCAGUGAAGUUUUCCCGGAAAAGUUUAUCAAUUAAUUUUCAAUUUCCUCUUUCCCGCUGGUUGAUUCCGAGCCUGUUAAUUGAGUUCUUAUUGUCGCUGGCGCCGAAUAUUUCAACGGGAAACACAACAUCACAGAGAGGAUUUACCAAAGGACGAUCAUGGCGCUGGAUGGGAAGGCCAUCAAGGAGGAGAUCCCGGACAAAGACGUCUACGAGGCCACAUCCAGGCGGGUCAAAGAUAAGGAUCAGUGCCGUUCUCCUGACUCUCCCGAUGGCACGCGCGCUGUAGCGCCGCGAUCUCCACUCUCGCCGCAGAUCACUCAGACCACGUCUUCGGGGCGAAAUGGGGCUGGCAGCACUUCUCCUGGGGUCCUAAACGGCGGCUCUGUCACGCCUCCGCCGGCGGCCGCGCCCUCAUCCCUCUUGGCCGCCAUUCCCACCUCCGCCCAGGAGAGUGGGCGCGUGUUCGUGAAGAUAAGGCGCUUUUUGGGCGCUCUGGUGCAGUUCGGCCAGGACUCUGGUCCGGACGUGGGCGACAGAGUGCGCGCCCUGGUGCUAUCAUUGGCUAGUGGCGGCCUGACGGCGGAGGAGUUCAAGGUGGCCCUCCAGGAGGCGACGAACUUCCCUCUGCGCCCCUACGUGCUGCCCUUCCUCAAGGCUCACAUGCCGCUCCUGCAGAGGGAGCUGACUGUCCUGGCGAGGGCUAGCAAUCAGUCUGUGAGCCAGUUUGUGCGCUCCAAUGAAACUUCUGUGUUCGAAUUCGCCCACAAUCCCACCGAGCACUCGGAGAUCUUCCUCCCCAUCGAAGGCGGGAGUUUCGGCGGCAAUGGUGCUUCUAUCAACGGCAACGGGCUCCUCCUGAAGCGCCGCGCCUCGGAUAAUUUCUUCGAUAGUCAGCACCAGCACGAGUGGAGUGAGCACUCCGUGCCGUCAAAGAGACCCCACCACUCCUUGAUGCUGAGCGGCGGCACGACCGCUCAUCUUCUGCCAGCGCACACGCCGCUCUUCGACUAUCAACUCGCGCCACACUUGCACGCGGAUUUUGGUGGCGAGAAGCCGGCUUUCGCGCGAGAUGAGCGAUCAGAUGUGCGCCCGCUGGACUUCCGCGGCGCCAGAUCGGAUGAGGAGUGGAAAAACAUCCACACCAUGCUGAACUGCAUCUCCGCGAUGGUGGACAAGACUAAGAGAGCCAUCACGAUCCUCCAGCAGAGGGGCGCAGAUUCGCACCAGAGCUACCAAGAGGCGUCCCUGGCGGAAAUCAAGCGCCUGACCGACGAGAAAGUGGCUGAAUUCAAGCGCAGCGCAGAAGAUGCCGUCAAUCAGGUCAAGCGUCAGGCCGUCAUCGAGAUUCAGCGCGCCGUGGCGGCUGCAGAGUCUCGAGCGGUGGAGAUUGUUGCCCAGGAGAGACUCAAGAUGGACAAGUUGUUCGCUGAACUGGGAAAGGGUGGCGCCGAGGCGCCACCUGAAGAGACCCAGGCCAACGUGUGCUGGAAGUGCGGCCGGAAGGCCACGGAGACGUGCUCAGGAUGCGGCCUGGCCAAGUACUGCUCCGCCUUCUGCCAGCACAAAGACUGGGAGCAGCACAUAAAGAUCUGCGGCACAAUUCGACUGGAUCCGAAGCUUCGCACGCACGCUCAAGCGCGCUCGUCGCCGCCACAGACGCAGUCGUCGGCGGCCAACAGUCAGCCGGCCACGCAAUCCAGCCAACCGGCUUCAGUGGCGAACGGAGGCGCAUCAACGGUGAAAUGACGGAUUAAAAUGAUGAAGCCAAAAAGGAAGUUUCUCUACUAGUCAAUUUAACCAAGUCGAGACGUCGACACUUUUCGAGUCAUGCAAGAGAAUUCCCAAAGAGCACGUUCCAAAAUCUCAGUUGAUUUUCCACACUUUCCACAACCCCAAAAAAAAAGCGCACUGUUGCCCAAAGUAGGAAAAAAAAUGUCCCCAAAAACAAUCGACUGAUGUUGUUAAAAAAAACUCUGUUAGUUAGUUUCCUCUUUUUUGAGUUUGUGAAACUUCCCCAAAAAGUGAAGAGUAUAAUUGUAUUAAAAGAAAAUGCAUUGACAUAUUGACUAAGUAGCUAAAAUGUGCAAUACUAAGUAUUAAAAUGAAAUAUCAAACUCUCGUCUCUAAACUAGGAGUAACUAUUAUUGAUUAGCGCAUUAAAUGAUGUUAAGAAUAAGAGGUGGAGAAAGAAAAAAAGAAACAGAAGAAAUAUCGUUCAAUUUGACUUUCCGUGAAAUUGAAAAUCAGCACAGUGGACAUUUUUUAUUUAUAAUGAGCACCAAAAACAACAUUGUAAUGUCAUUGACUCAAUUAAAUGAUUCCUGGAUCAAG